AUGCCAUGUGGAUGGAUCUGGCAGUGCAGUUAUGGAGACCACUUUGAGCAAAAAGAAAUUGGCGGUGUCUGUGGAUACGAGAAUGGUGUUGGCCAUCCAGUCCUUGUCGGACUUAAAGACAGGCCAGAAAACUUCGAUUACGGGCCAGAUCAUUGUGAGUCCUUUCCUCGCAAAUGUAAUUCUACGAACUUAAAUGUCAACGUUGCUUCGACUAGUCACGACGAAGCGGGGACGUUUCUGAGGUACAGGAGACCGCCCGUUAAGCAAGAGUUAAUUUGCAAAUGGGCUGAGCAAGAGCGCAGUUCGAAGAAAGUUUGCUUCCUAACAUUCAGCAAUAUGCAAGAACUGGUUAACCAUGUUACCGCCGAGCAUGUCGGGGGAGCCGAACAGAGCGUCCACGUUUGUCUCUGGGAGGAAUGCGCACGAAAGGGAAAACCUUUUAAAGCAAAAUAUAAACUGAUAAAUCACAUCCGAGUCCACACGGGAGAAAAACCUUUUCCCUGUCCUUUUCCGAGUUGCGGAAAAGUGUUUGCUCGUUCGGAAAAUCUUAAGAUUCACAAGAGGACGCACACAGGAGAGAAGCCAUUUAAAUGCGAAUUUGAUGGAUGCGACCGGAAAUUCGCCAACAGUAGUGACAGAAAGAAACACUCCCACGUCCACACGAGCGACAGGCCGUACUUCUGCAAAAUACGGGGCUGCGACAAGGCCUACACGCAUCCCAGCUCGCUAAGGAAGCACAUGAAAGUUCACUUCAGGCCUUCUCCUCCUUCAUCUCCAGCUUCCAGCACAAAGGCCGCUUAUCGUUCCUUGCCCAGUUAUACCAGAGAACCCUUUCCCCCGAUUUCUGGCCAUACGAAAUGCCAUACAGUUAAACUAUCGCCCAAGGUUAAUAACCUCAGCGAGUGGUAUGUUUGUCAGGGCAGUGCAGGAUCUAAUAUUCUUUGCAUUGGGAGCGAAGACGAUUCCUUCAGAAAUUCAGAGCCAAGAUCAAUAAUCUGAUAAUGGCGCUAUUACCCGUGCUGCCAAAUAUAAUAAGCAGAACAGAGAUACAACAAGUGUAUAUGCUGGAACAGGAAUAAUAUCAGAUGUCAAGUCGUUAAGGUCAAGAGCAGUUUAAAACAACGCCUCCCCUCGCCCCCAACCCCAGCGCCUUUUUCUUUUAAUGAUAAUGCGAUGUACACAUCCAGGAUUGAAAUAUUCAUGAAUUAUUAAUAUGGUGCACACAAGAACCCGCUUAAAGAAAUAAUUUCUAAGACUGUGAGACAUUAAGUAUAAUGAGUGUGUUGAAUGACGUACGCAUGAUGUGUGGUAGGAAUGACGUGAUUCAGAUGUCACUGGUUAAUUAUUUAACCGUGACAUUGUCCAUUUGAUGUAAUUAUUUACGUAACUCUUCACAGGUGACUGGUUUGAUCGAUGUCCGAUCACAGCAUGAGCUUAUAAAUCCGAGUUAUUCUGUCAGUUAACAGCCAUAUAUUUUACAUACAAGAAGGUGGUAACAUUUUGAUACGCCAUGGUUAUUCAUAGAUAAAAAUCAUAUGGAAAUUAUUUUCGAUGACGAUGACGCUUUUACGUCUAUGUUAAAGGAGCAUGUUCUUUUCUAGAAAUUGUAGGUAUAAACUAAUGCUAAUAAUAAUUGUUGUUAACAGAUUCUUUAAUCUCUGUUCCCCCGAGGCCAUGGGAAAAGUACUCAUCUUAUCUCCUCGAAAAAUGCAGGUUAUUUGUUAUUUUCUUAGUUUUUCCUAUAGGUGUUUUUUUCUGAAGCUGCGUUGCUUCAGUAAACCAUUCCUACGAAAAUCCACAAAAAAAUCAAUAUUAAAUGUUAAUACAUUUAGAUAACUGCCAAUAUGUAAUACUCCAAUGGAGUCCCUUCUUAGAGAACAUCACAGAGGCACGACACUAAGUCUUUUAUUUAACAGGCACAUAUGCAACAAGCCUGUCCUGCUUCGUUUGCAAAUAAUCUCUGCUUGAGCGGAAGGACCAAAUUUACGAAAUUACAACGUUUUGGGAAAACCUGUGAAAACUGAAAAGAAAAUGCAACAUAUUUUCUAUACCCCUAGCUAAAAUUUAUUAGAGGGUAACGAAAUUAGAAUGCAGCAGCUUUUAAGGUUUGGCGCCAAAUAUUUCAAGAAAAAAAACCUUAAUUACUGCUUCGCUAUCUUUUCCUUUGGCAGUUUACAAGAAAAAAAUCGUUCGAGGAAUCCAAAUAAUUUAAAAAACGUAUUUGUCUUAGAAAUGAAAGGUGAUUCCUUCGUAAUCCAUAAAAUAUAAACAUUUUUAAAAGAGAAAGGGUCAAAAGUAAUAUUCACUUUUCGCUCUUUUACAGAGUCUUAGUUUCAUGCGAUAGCUAAGUAAAUCUUGACAUUAACAUAUUUUGGCUCCCGUACUCAGUUUUUCUGUAUGUACAUAAUUAAAUUUGAUGUGGACCAACUGGUGUUGUGAUCCCAGUCUUUUGUCCAUAAAUUUCUAUUUGGAACGAUGAAACAAUGGUUCUAUAUUUAACACAAGCACUCCUUGAAUGGCGAAAAAUAAACAGGAUGAAAAAUAACCAAACAGAUGAUUCAUCUGAGUUAAAAGGAGGGAAUUAAUAAAAGAGUGAAACAGUCACCGUUGAAUGAGAAACGCUUUGAAGUGGAACUUAUUAUCUGCGGAAUACUUCUGGGUUGUCCUAACGACGCUGGCGAAGUGAAAGUACUCUCCUUUGUUGACGAUUUGUUCUCCUUUAUUCAGAUACCCGUAGAAAUCGGUUACAUCGACUACUUUAAUCAGUAACUUUGUAUGUCAGACUUGCAGACGCCUCUCCAUACAGAACAAAGCAAAAGUCGCAGUAAAAACACCGUUCGUCCUCUUCCAUUUUCUUCUUUAUGUGGUAAUAUGCUUCGAGUAGUCUGAUUACCCUAAGAAAAGCUGUCAAUUCGGAAAGCCAUUCUUGCAAGUUGCUCUCAACCAAAUCUCACGUAGUUCUACAAAUCAAAUGAUUAGAUGAUGUACUCACGUACAUUUAGCCGAUGCUUUUCAGUUUAAAAAUUCCCUGAAAGUUAACAAACUAGUAUGUAUAGCCAUUUACUGCUUUCUUGAAGCAAUCAUAACACGCAACGGCAUUAUAAUUCAAGCUGUACCACCAACUCGCUUUCACAUGUUCGCUUUAAAAAAAAACCCAAAUGAAUCUGGUGGCUUUAUGAAAACCGACUGACCACAAAAGGAAGGGCUGCAUUUUUUUUCUGAUGCUUACUGCCUGGGAUUUGAACCCACGACCUUUUCGUUGUUAGACCAAUUUGCUAUUUCUUGAGUAAAUUACUUUAAAACUUCUACCUACAAGACAUGUUCUACAAAAAUAAAUAUUUUUUUCAUUUCAA